GAGCGGUUGUCAUUAUUCACAACUAAAGCUGUGUAGCGAGCUCGUUGACUAUUUCCGGUGGAAAUGGUUGGUUCAUUCUUCUCGCUAUGUUUCGUCGCAUCUCUAGCCAAAAUGUGCGUCUCUCAAAUUCUACACGCAUCAAGUGACGGGUUUGAAAAAGAGAAAAAGGCUUAUUUAAACGUGACAGCUAAAGAAGUGCACAAAGUCAAACGUCUGGGACAGUGCGCGUUGAAGAGUAUCAAGGAUGCGUCGUCCCAAUCGUUUAACUUCGCUGUUCGACCUGACGAAUAUGGGAUGCACACGUGUGAAGUGUUGUACACCAACAGAUGUAGCAAUGACUCGGUUAAAUACCACGAAAAUAAAGACUUCGAUCAUUACAACAAAAAGGCGAAUGGUUGCAAUCUCUUAAACCCAUGCCUCAACGGUGGAACUUACACCGGGAAUUUCGUUUGCGCCUGCCCACGUGCUACUACCGGGGAUCGCUGUCAGCGGUCAGCCAGGCCAGAGUCGUGCGUUGACAUGUACGACGUCUCGUCCAAUCCACUCAGAGGUGUGUAUAUGCUAUUUAGGAGCGACACUGAGACGGAAGUCAAGGUAUACUGUGAUUUUGAGCCACCCAAAAAAGCAUGGACUUUGAUUGAAUCGUAUGCGAGUAAGCAUAACAUGGAAUUCCGAGGACAGUCUUACUUGGAUGACUAUUCAGUCAAUGAAGAGGCACCCGGAGAUCACUCGAGGUACCGACUAUCGAGAGAGCGCAUGCAAGCGGUGAAAGCUACAGCGGUGUCGUACCGAGUUACCUGCAAGUUCCUAACGAGGAAGAACGUAACAGAUCGAGACUACCUCGAGGGACGCCUGUCAGCGUGGGACAUCAUUGAGGAGGAGAGCAUUGCCGCCUGUAAAAACGUGACGUACGUGGACAUAGAAGGCUACAGCUGCUGGGACUGCACCUUGGCACUACAGCAAAAGAAGGGCAAAUGGCAUUUAUGCGCCACUCCGUUGACAGGCUGUGACCUGCGGCCACCCGAAUAUGUGUCUAAUCUGUGGGAGGCGUUCGGUUGGUAUAACCCUAUGCAAGAGACCUUCCUUUGCACCGAUUCGCUAGAUUCAACUACGGAGUAUUGGUUGGGACAUGAGAUGCCAUGAACUGUAGGUCAACAAAAAGUGGGCCAUUUUAAAAUGCAAGCACAAUAAGUUAGAACUCCGCUAACUAGAACUCGGAUGACGCAACUUCCUCUUCUACUCAAACUUUGUUUGAUAUCCCUUAGAUUAGGACCUUUCUUUCAGUUAUUUUUACUCGGACAAGUCGGACUCCCCGCUAACUCGAACUCUGACAAAUUCAAGUAGCGGGGAUUACGUACUUUAUUCCUAUAUAUUUUUUGUGCCGACCGUUAAAACUUUCUGUAUUUAGUAAUGUGAGGAUUAUUUCCGGAUGCAUCGCAGGCUAUCAAACCACAUAUGCAGUAUUGUAUUUACUAGGUGGCCCCUGGCGUGAAGUAAAAUUUAAUAUGCACGGGACUGGGAGAAAGAAACUAAUUAAUACGACAGGAAGCCUUAUUGCCGCGAAGCGUAAGGAAAGAACUUUAUUAGACUUUUUGUUUUCUCGUUUGAGAUAGGGGUUACUUUUUACAAAAUGCCCACCCUUCCCACGAUGCAUAGCGCAGAGCUUUGUGACAACACAGGUGCAUCUGGCAUAAAAUGAAAGUUCAUUUGGAAACCACUUUCUUAGCAAUAGGAAUUCCAUGUACUUGGCACUUGACUUGCGCUACAUAGUUAAGUAUUUAGACUUUUGAAGUCAGUAGAAACACAGACAAAAUAAAGUUUGCAAGAGAAUUUAGUUAUCAAUAUUUUAUUGCAUUUUCAUAAUGUGAAGCACAAGUUGUUUCCCGUUAGGAGAAACAAGUUAGACAUUAACAUCUUUCAUAAUUUCUUAUGACAUUACACCACAUAUACGAUGUAACUUUACCUCACAAAAGAUAAAAUAUUUCCCAUUGAAUGUCGAGGUUAUCAUAAUUAAUGUUUUACUGCCACAAAAAUACCAUGUAAAUGAGAUAUUUAUUUUAGUAACGAAAUAAAUCAAUUGUCGCACAAUCAA